GUUCAAUUAUUGUCGUGGAACUAAAGAAAUAUUACAUGGUGUCAGAAGUGGGAUUUCUUUCCCAACCAUUGGAAUUCGAAAGUAUCGUCUCCGGUGCAGCGUGUCGUCGUCGAAGACAGUGAACAAAUUCUAAUUCGGCCGGAUAAAGAUAACUGCAAUGAUGGAGUCGCGUUUACCAAACCCGCUGGACUGUGUUAACUUGGCAGCUGAAUGGCCAAAGUGGAAGCAGACGUUUUUGAUUUACAUGAUCGCUAACAAAAAGGAUGGUGACUCGGAACAGAGCAAAAUUGCCACAUUUCUGUGGUUGAUCGGACAACGGGGAGUUGAAAUAUUUAAUACGCUAUUCCCGAAUGAUGGAAGUUUUGAUGGAAUGUUCGGUGGAGCUGCUGCUGGUGGAGCUGCUGCUGGUGGUGCAGCCGGUGCUGCUGGUGAUGACGCUGGUGCUGUGGGAGAUGAUGUUGAUGUUGCCGGUGAUGAAAGAGACGCUGCUGUUGUUGGAGAUGCAGUCCCUGCUGGUAGAGGACGAACGUUGGCUGACGUCAUCAAAGCCUUCGAUGAUUACUGUAUGCCAAGAAAAAAUGUCGCAAUGGAAGCAUUUAAAUUUAACAUGAUUAUCCAGAAGGAGAAACAAUCAUUUGGUAAUUUUGAAACGGAGCUACGAACCCAAUUGCAGUUUUGCGAAUUUCAAUGCGCGAACUGUCAUACAUCUUAUGCAGAUAGAUUGUUGCGCGACCGGAUCAUAAUUGGAGUGCAAGAUAAGAAAUUGCAAUUGAAAUUACUGGAUGGAAAGGAUGAUCCGUUGACCAAGGUGGUUGAAUCUUGCAAGGUGUUCGAAGCCGCUGCUGCCAAUAAACAAUUGUUAGACAGAAAGUGUUUUAAUGCCGAAGUCAAGGCGGUGGUUGAAGAAACUAUGGAAACCGGAGUUCCAGAGGUAACAGUAGUGAAACGUAGUUGUUAUAAUUGUGGUCAAGCUUUCAGUACUCAGCAUUUCCGUCACUGUCCGGCGGUUAACAUCAGGUGCAAUAAAUGUGGCCGAAUCGGCCAUUUCCAAAAAUUUUGCAAAGGAGGAACAGCUGAUACUACCAAGGGGAGACCGCAGAAGACGAAUGAUAUGAAGAGGAGUGCAGUGAAGUCAGUCAGAUCAAUUGACUGGCGUGACUCAGAGGAAGUCUGAAUGAUCAAGUGGUAGACCGUGUGAGAUGGAUGAAAACCUUUUUGAUCAAGAACUGCCCUGUUACAUUUAAGCUUGACACUGGAUCUGAUAUAAACUGUGUACCGUUGAACCUUAUUAAAAAAUUAAAUAUUGGAUUGUCGCUGUUUAAGCGGUAUCGUAUUUUGGACUACAGUUCUAAUGA